AUGUCCUACCCCGGCCAAAGCAGCAAGGCUUCCUCCUCGAUCAACCCUAGCAAGCUGCCUCAUCGAACAGCGACUUCAUCCACAUUUUCAAGCCUAGGUGUCGGCGCUAUCCACGAUGAUACCGAAGUCGCAUUUGCAGAGCUUCAAAUGCUCUCGCAAAACCAACGCAAACUCGCUACUCUCACCAGUCGAAUGACCACCAUCCUUUCCGGCUUCGACAAGCGUCUCAUCAAGCUCGAAGGCAGCAUCUUGCCCAUUCACAAAGGCACACAAAAACUUGCACGCAUGUCAGACAACAUCGACCUCACCUUAGCAGCACUCAACAAGACACUCGGUCACUACGAUGUAGUCAUCGAUGAGCAGCCUUUGCUCAAACAAGCACCUGAUGUCAGAGACACACGACCGUAUAUGGACACCAUCGACCGCGUCAUUAAAGGCCUUAAUUACCUGCAGAAAUCCGACCUAAAGAGUCAAGAGGGUGUCAUGAAGCGUAUGAACGAUCUUAUCGAGCUUGGCGCUCGGAACCUCACCAACGUCGUGUCGGACUGGGUCCGCGCAGAUUCGGGAGUCAUCGAUCUGAGCGAGUACAGUCGCAACGCACACUAUCCCGUGCUAUCGGAGGCAACACACAACGCGAUCAUACCUAUCCUCAAUUAUCAUUCGACGCUACCACGUCAUCCACGCACAGGGUACAGUCCACUUUCGGCUGCUUUUGCAACGUAUGCUAGCGUGAGAAGCAACUAUCUCGCGCAAUGCCUAAUUCCGCUUGCGUCAAGGUUGCAGCAGUAUGCACUCGAAAAGAUCGGGACUGGAGCUAGUGGAGCCGGAAUGGUCAUGGUCAAUAACCAUGAUGACGAAGAUCACUCUUCCAGCUAUCGUCGAGGUGAAGCUGGCGCUGUUGAGCUGUUUGAGGCGUACUACGGCAUGCUUGAUAACGAGUACCGCAUUUUGCAAGGGCUAAUAUCGUCAGCAGAGGUGGAUAAGGAGACGUUGCUGCUAGCGUCUACGUUCUCCCAGCUCGCAGCAACAGCAAUCAAUGGCUUAAUAGAGUCACUCAGCACGAUAAAGUCACACGUUCGCCGGCAUUUGGUCACACACGCCUCUUUCCUACUCGACCUUAUUGGUGCCUUAUCUGGAGUCAUCUUGACCGGAAGGUGGGACGUUCUCAUCCGAUCGAUGGAAGACUCGCCAGACGCACCUUUGUACAGCAGUACACCUAUCGACAAGGCCGAUCUCGACCUAAACGCCGGUUUCGCACCUGCUGCUGAACUACUCGAGAUCUACAGCAAGCUGAAGAACAUCGCGAUCGGCAUUUUCCCUCGAUUCAUCGAGGACGUGAAGGCCAUUCCGGCACGCAAAGCUGCCGAAGUACCCAGCACAUCCGUCAACGAGAUCACCUAUCUCGGUUUGCAGUUCAUCCGCCAGAUCACCGAAUACAGCGAUGUUGUUUCCCCCCUCCUCCAAACACUCGGUAAUGGCAACUGGAUGAUGUCCAGCGGUGUAGCUCCCGUUCUCUCACUCGGGUUGGACAACCAUCCCAGCAAGCAAACCAUUGUUGGCGACUACCUGAACGAUGUAGUCGCAGUAAUCCUUACCUCGCUCGAAGCACGUUCUCGAGCCAUCCGUCAACCUUCCACCGCAUCGGUGUUCCUUCUUAACAACACCGGACAUCUUCGUCGAACGCUCUCUGCUCCUCUCCCCUCCUGGCUUGGCGCAGGGGAAGAUGAGAAGCCUGCUUCGAUCGUCUCCCUUCAUCUUGGAGAGAUGGGUGAAGAUUUGUUGAAUACAGCUUUUCGACAAGCUAACACAGCGUAUCUCGACGCAUGGUCUCCUGUGGUUGCACCGCUGAUGGAGGACCAGCCGCUGAAUGCUAACCAGCACUAUCAUAGGCAUGCGACGUCGAAGCUUAUUGGGGUUGGGUCUGGGUCGGAGAAGAAUCAGGUGAAAGAUCGGUUUGCUAAGUUCUACGAAGCGUUGGAUGAUCUGGAGAGGUUACACAGAGCCUAUCCGGUAAGCAGGGAGGAUGUGGAGUUGAAGGAAAGGUUGAGGAGAGAUGUGACGAGGUUGGUUUGCCCCAUGUAUGGAAGAUUUUUGGGUAAACAUAAGGCGAGCGAUUUCACAAAGAAUCCGAGUAAACAUAUCAGAAUGACGGAACAGGAAGUCGAGGAUAAGAUCGCAAGUCUUUUCCGCUAG